UAACGGGCUGUUGUGGUCCCCGCAGAUCGAGUCCGGCCGACUUGCAAGAGGAGUUGGAGAGUGGAGGGACUGCACACCUGCGGCCGCCGGAGCGUGAGCGCGAUCCUAACCGAGUCAUGUGGCUGGAACUCCUCCUGGCCUCGGUGCUGGGCUUUGUCAUCUACUGGUUUGUCUCCCGGGACAAGGAGGAACCUUUACCACUCGGAGAUGGCUGGUGGGGCCCAGGGUCAAAGCCCUCAGCCAAAGAAGAUGAGAGCAUCCGACCUUUCAAGGUGGAAACAUCAGACGAGGAGAUCAAGGACUUACACCACAGGAUCGAUAGGUUCCGGGCAUCCCCACCUUUGGAGGGCAGUCGCUUCCACUAUGGCUUCAACGCCAACUACCUGAAGAAAGUGGUGUCCUACUGGAGGAAUGAGUUUGACUGGAGGAAGCAGGUGGAGAUCCUCAACCAGUACCCUCACUUCAAGACCAAGAUUGAAGGGCUGGACAUCCACUUCAUCCACGUGAAGCCUCCCCAGCUGCCCUCAGGCCGCACCCCAAAACCCUUGCUGAUGGUGCACGGCUGGCCCGGCUCCUUCUAUGAGUUUUACAAGAUCAUCCCACUGCUGACUGACCCCAAGGCCCAUGGCCUGAGUGACGAGCACGUGUUUGAAGUCAUCUGCCCCUCCAUUCCUGGCUAUGGCUUCUCAGAGGCAUCUAGCAAGAAAGGUACAGGAUGCUGGAGGGUGGCACAUUCCAGACUGGUCUGUUCCCCGGAACCUUGUGCUGUGUAG